UACCGCCUUACUUUCGGUCACUUCUGAGUCACAGUCAUUUUUGGGACAAAAGAUCCAACAUCACUCUUUUUCUUGGACGAUUCAUCAGUGAUCAUUCGGCACCAAGAUAGCAAAGUAACAGGGCGGUAAAGUGGUAAAGCAAGCUCUUUGCAGGUCCUGUCCCGGUGAUAUAAUCUCUCUCAAGCCCCGGCAAAAGUGGAGUGAGUCCUUAAUACUGUUGAGGUCACACUUUUUUGGAGUCCAGUGGCUUUGUCUACCCUUUUGCAAACCAUCCAACAGUUAGUUAGUCUACUUUGACAACAAUAAAAUUGAAAACCAUGGGUUUCUUUGCCAAGAUUCUGGGAAAGAAGGAAAAUGCUGCAGCAGCUCCCACUCCAGCUCCCCGGGCAGCGGCUGGCAAAAAGGCGUCUGCUGGCAAGAAAAUGCCCAGCGAUGGACCUAGAAGCGCCCCAGCUGCUGCCACCAAGAAGCCUGCUGCCAAAAAGCCACCCGCCAAACCUCCUGCUAAGAAGCCGCCUGCGAAGAAACCUCCUGCUAAGAAACCUCCUGAAAAGAAGCCACCUGCCAAAGCUCCCGCUAAGAAACCUCCUGCAGCUGCACCCAAAAAGCCAGCUGCCAAAGCUCCUGCCAAAGCUCCUGCUAAGAAACCAGCUGCUGCUGCUGCUAAAAAAGCUCCUGUCAAAGCUCCAGCUGCCAAAAAGGCCACUACUAGUAGUACUGGUGCCCUGCCUUCCCUGUCAGAGCGCAACAGUUCCAACUAUACAGCCACGGACGUGGAAGCUGCCUUUCGAGCCGCUCCCGCGCACAAGUGGAAGUUGCAGACAUAUCAAUUCUCAGGUUCUCUGUCCUUUUUUGCCAUGGGAGAACAAAAAGAAAUCAAGAAAAAGUCCAUCCCACAGGCCAUUAAACUCUUUCAAAGCAAUCCGGCCGAGUAUAUUGGUCUCAUGUAUCAGACCAGUAUGAAAACAUGGCAACCCAAAGAUUGUCAAUACACACUCAUUAUGCGCAAGGGAACCACGCAACUAAAGCCACAAGGCGUCGAUCCCAGCGGUUGGAUGACACUCAUGAUUCAUGAAUAUCAACAAUUACCACCCCUCACGGAAUUGCCACGCAAUAAGCGCGACAAGUAUACCUACAACAUGACACACAAGGGACGCAAAUUGCCCAAACCAUUAUUGCCCGGGAGGGGCAUGGGCAUUGCCGAUUUGCCCAGUCUCAAAAUUAUCGGAGACAUUGAUCCGUCCGAUAUUCAUCAAGGACGCGUCGGUGAUUGUUGGUUGCUAUCGGCCAUUUCCGCCGUGGCCGAAUUUGACGGUGCCAUUAAAAAACUCUUUCGCAAAACCAAACACAUUGAUCGGAAACCACUCGAUGAUGGGAGUAUCAAUUUUUAUACCAUUUCCCUCUACGAUCUGACGACGUGGAAAGAAGUCGAUAUUGUCAUUGACGAAUCGCUCUGUGCCGAUCCCGCUGGCAAUGGAAAUUUGCUGGCAUCCAAGCCAUCGGAAGAUGGUGAAUUGUGGGUCUGUUAUCUGGAAAAGGCACUUGCCAUUCAUUGUGGUGGAUGGGAUGAAAUUACGGGUGGACAAUGCACUCAUGCCUGGGCCAUUAUGACGGGAUGCAAGGAACAGUAUACCAUUGCCCGCAAUCCCAAAACGAAAAAGUUCCGUUGCAUGGCAAAAUUCAAUCCACAAACCAAACAAUGGGCCAAACACUACAAUUCACCGCAUGGCCCCGAUGGUGGCAAUUGGGUCUGUCCGUGGCCACAAGUCGGUGGCGGUGGUCCCGCCACGUUGGAACUCACGGAAGAGCAAGUCUACCAACGAUUGUGUGCCUUUGAUCGUUCCAACUUUAUCGUGGGAGCCGGCACCAAGGGAUUGUCCGACAAGAACAAGACGGGUGGCAUGGUCGACAAUCACGCCUAUUCCGUCAUUGAUUGUCACCCACAAGUGGCUGGAACCAAAAUCGAUCUGCUCAAAGUACGCAACCCGUGGGGAUCGGGUGAAAUUGAAGAUGGUGACUUUGAUGACGAUGGUCCUGGCUGGGACCGGUAUCCACAAAUCAAGGCAGAACUCAAGCCCGUCGUGGCCGACGAUGGCAUCUUUUAUCUGACCAAGGACGAGUUCUUUCAAUUCUUUGAUCACAUUUACGUCAGUGCCUCCAACAUGACAGAAUUUAAAGAGGACUAACUAGCCAGCUAGCUGACACAACCAAACGAACCUAGAAAAACGAAGAGGAAAUGGAGCCAGCUGUUUGGCAGUGUGUAUAGUAUAAUAUUGGAUGCAGGAAACGCAAAACAGAGUGAAGUUGCCCUUGCCGAGUAGAGUACAGAAGUGGAUAGUAAACUAGUAGUGAUGUCGCCUUUGACAUUUG